AUGCUCCUACCCUAUCGCCCCAGCGACCUCUCGAAGUCAGUCGACUUCUUCCUCCCCGAGAAACACAAGCACAAGGAUGACAACGUCCCGGCCCGCUUCGACGCCCGAUGCGGACACGCGUACCUCGCCGCGGGCUCCCUCACGACCCUCACGACCGAGGCCCUGCAAGACACCGCCUUGUCCGCCAUCCGGGGCUCGGCACGGUCGACGAUCCCCGACGUCGACAGGCGGGUGCUCGCCGCGGUCCCGCGGUUCGUGCAGUACGCGUGCACGAACUGGGCGGUGCACCUCUCGCAGUCGUACAAGGACGCGAAGUACGGGGUGAUGGCGGCGCUGACGGAGUUCGCGAAGACGGACGCGUGCCUGGUGUGGGUGGAGACGAUGGCGUGGAUGGGGCGGGGAGACGACGUCGGGCGGGCGCUGCAGACGGCGUGCGAGUGGCUGAGUUUUGGAUCCGUGAGGUUGCGGCUGAACAGCCUGCGGACGUGGGUGGGCGAGCGCGUUGAGACGCUGAAGGAGUACCCAGACGCUGUUUACGAGUAUAAAGUGCAUAAAGCUUCGCUGUCUCGUCGUCAAAGCUCGGCCUCGUCCCGCGGGCCCAGAGGGCGCGGUGAGCAGGCCGAGACUGCAGGGAUCACAUAUCAACGCUCAGUCAGUGAGUACACUGCGUCCGUGGACAAUGUCUCGGAGGCUACGCAGCCCGGUGGAAGACUGCGACGAUGGCGCACACUGACAUUCCGGCCCAAGUCAUGGCUGAAAUGA